UAUAAUUUAUUCAGAUUUGAGCAAUGAAAUGAUACUAUAGGGGAAAUCGAUUGGGAUGCACUCUAUGGGGAGAGUAUGUGGAUCGUUUUUUGGAUUGUUUAACCCAAAAUGCUCAAGAACCGGUGAUCAUGUUGUUGAGCUUUUGCAAACCACGGCGUUAUAUGGGUACUGUGACCGUAUCUUCUGCGUUUCAUGUUACGAAGAUGCUUUUCGAUGGUAACUCUCCAGAGGUCAACGCAUUUAGAGCAAGAUUACCUCUACAAGUGGAUGAUGUUGGAACAAUUGGAAGUAUCGUUUUAACCGCUGGAGCUGAUGGGGAUGAAGGUGUUAUCAAGACUACCACGAUCAAAGCACUCUUGGACACUACAAAGCCCGGUCCCUACUGGAUUGUUGGUAAGAUUGCUUCGAUAAAUGAUUUGGGCGACUGGUGCUAUUUGGGAUGCACCAAAUGCAACAAAAAGGUUGUCCCUGAUGGUGAUAAGUUCAGGUGUACGGGAUGUAACACUACCAUGCUGCAUGGAGUGUACAGGUUCAAGGUCAAUGUUCGGGUCUAUGAUUCCACCGGUCAUGUUUCAUUCGUCCUUUGGGAUAGGGAGUGCAAGGAAAUUUUGGGUGCAAGUGCUUUUGUGCUUAGGGAAAUUAUGCUUGAGGUUUGAAAUAAAGCAAUAUUCUUUAAUUAUUUUAUUACUGAAUCGUCACUAUAAUCAAUAACCAAAUAAUUCUAACUUAUUUCUUAUUGUUCUUUUCUUCAGAAAAAUAUGGACCCAAAU